GAUCCCCAGGUGACCCAGCCUCUAGCUGCACCCUCCACCCUGCAGUCCCUCAGCCACGCUCCUGCUGCCCCUCCUUUCUCCUUCCAGAUGCCCAGUCUCCUGGUGCUGGCACUGCCCCUCCUGGUGAGCCUGGUCCACUCAGCCCCUGCCCCAGGUCAGGCCUUGGAACGAGCAGGCAUCGUAGGGGGGCAUGAGGCCCCUGGGAGCAGGUGGCCCUGGCAGGUGAGCCUGAGAUCAGCUAUGCAGUCCUGGCAACACAUCUGCGGGGGCUCCCUGAUCCACCCCCAGUGGGUGCUGACCGCGGCACACUGCAUCGGACCGGAAAUGGUAUACCCCCGCAUGGUUCAGGGUGGUGGGCCGCCUCUCCCCUGCAGCCCCAACCUUCGGGGUCAUGAAGCCAAGUCUGACCACUCCCUCCCCUCGCAGGGUGACUCUGGAGGGCCCCUGGUCUGCAAGACGAAGGGCACCUGGCUGCAGGCAGGUGUGGUCAGCUGGGGUGAAGGCUGUGCUGCGACCGAUAAGCCAGGCAUCUACACCCGUGUCACCUCCUACUUGGACUGGAUCUACCAGUACGUCCCCAAGAAGCCCUGAGCCCGGUCCUGGGGGCUGUCACCUGGGUUGGCGGAGAAGUCAGGCCCCUGCUGUCCCCAUAUCACUACUUCCUGCUGGGGUGGUGCCCUACCUACACAUGCCCUUGCCCCCUGCACUGACCCACCUGCCCUGAGCCUCUCCCUGCCUGGGCCAGGGUGCAGGCAGGGAUUACGAAUCCUCAUUAAAGUGCAUCGUGAGCAGA